AUGGGCAGCGUUUGGUCUUUAUUCGGUUAUGGCAACCACGGUAGGACCGAUGAUCCUGAUCCUGUGACAGGACUUACAUCUAGAGACAGGUAUCACGUUAAAACCUCUUGGGCUGGCGUUAUGAAAAAUCCAACGGAGAAUGGAGUAGCUUUACUUAUUUUAUUGUUCGAAAAAUAUCCAACAGCGAAAGAAGUGUUUCCGUUUCGAGAUAUUCCCAAUUCAGAAUUGGCGAAAAAUGCCAGAGUCAAAGUUCACGCCAAUGCUGUGGUAUAUGCAAUAGCGUCAAUAGUUGACGCUAUAGAUAACGUAGAUUUGUUGGUACCGAUGUUAGAAAAGGUUGGAACCUCACACGGACCUAGGAAAGUUUCAGAAGAACAGUUUUUGCAACUGAAGGAGACGAUAGUGGAACUAUUUAGUAAGUUCAUGAAAAAAGAAGAAGUCGAAGCAUGGAAAAAAGCAUUAGAUGUUGUUAUGUCUGUUAUUAACAAAGCGCUAAAGACAUAUCUGGACGGACACUGA